AUGAGCGGAAGUGACGGUGACAGUGACGAUGACUAUAACGGUAACGGUAACGAUAAUAGUGACGAUAACAGUGACGAUCACAGUAAUGGUGACGGUAACGGUCGCUAUAACGAUAAUAGUCAUAGUAAUGAUGAGAGUAACGGUAACGAUAAAGGUUUAAGUAACGGUAACUAUAUGUGUAACAGUCAUACUAAUGAUGAGAGUAACAGUAACGGUGACGAUGACUGUAACGGUCACGAUAACAGUAUCGCAAACAGUAACGGUAAUGGUAACAGUAACGAUAACGAUAACGGUGACAAUAACGGUAAUGAUGAUUGUAAGGGUAACAAUGACGGUAACGGUGACGUUGAUGGUAAUAGUGACAGUAAGGGGGAUAGUAACGGUAAUGAUGGCGGUAACAGUAUUGGUGACUAUGAUGGUGAUAGUGACAGUGACAGUAACGGUAAUAGUAACAGUAACGGUAACAUUAACGGUGACGGUAAUGGUAUCAGUGAUGGUAAUAAUAACGAAAAUAGUAAUGGUAACGGUAAUGGUGAUGGUAAAAGUAACGGUAACAAUAAUGGUAAAGGUGACGGUAACAUUGAAAGUGACAAUAACUGUGACAGUAACGGUAAUGGUUACGAUAACGGUUAG